UUAGACGCCGCUGGCGCCAUCGUUAUCGAAGGGCUGCCGUCCUUCCUGAGAUCCAGCCCUCUCGUUGUCUCGAAGAAGAAAUGGUUCUUUUGCAACCAGACCCUUUUCUUAAUGAGCUGACCAACAUGUAUGAGAGAACCAAAGAGAAGGGCUCUGUUUGGGUUACUUUUAAAAGAUCAUCCAUGAAACCCAAGGCCAAGAGGAAGAAGUUGGAGUCUGCUGGUGAAGUCAUUGAAUAUAGGUGUCUUGUCCGUGCCACUGAUGCAAAGAAAACCAUCUCCACUUCGCUCGCCGCAAAAGAUUACCUUCGUUUCCAAGCGUCAUAUGCAACUGUUCUGAAAGCACACAUGAAUGCUUUAAAGAAAAGGGAAAGGAAAGACAAAAAGAAGAGUGCUGAAGGAGAGAAGAAAGCAGCAGCAGAUCAGAACAAACCUACCUCUAAGCCCAAUCCAUGAAGCACAUAGGGCCAAGCAGGUUGGUAAAAUGCUGUCAGGACAAAGUACUAUAUAUUUUCAGAGUUGUUUUCUCUCUUCUUUAUUUCAGCAGUGUUUCUUUCUUGUUUGUC